AUGGCGAUGGGCAAUAGCAACUCCCAUCAACGCAACCUUAAAGGUUGGAUCACUCGAAGCAUCCGCCCCAGUAGCAAAGGAAACGAUGGAAUUGAUAAAUCGAGUCUGUUUACAAUAGGGAUUUGGUGGAUCAGGAGAUGGCGCAACAACAUCAUUUUCAGAAAGGAGGAGAUGGACCCCAACAGGAAAGGUGCGUGGAUCCUUGAAGCUGAGAAGGAGAUUAAUCGAGCCUUUCGAAGACAGCACGCGAUGAACUCUGAAACAGACACGAGGAAGCUUGAGAAUCUUUUCUGGAAACCCUCUGCUGACCACGAAUGGACUCUCAACGUGGAUGCAAGUGUAAAACAUACAACCCAGCAAUCUAGCUACGAAGGAGUGCUAAGAAGGAAAAACAGUGAGUGGGUGGGCAAUUUCUGUGGCAAAUCUAGACACGAAGACGUUGCCAUUGUCGAAGCCGAAGCCAUUGCGAGGGGCCUUGCAUGGGCUUGGAAGGCGGGCUUUAUAGACGUUAAGAUUCAAUCCGACGUUGAGAGAGUCAUCAACUGGAUAUCCGGCGGUAUGGAGCUGAGGGGACCCAUUUGUGAGCACAUUGAUGAGAUCGAACGAUGGCUUCAAAGAAACUAG